UUUUUUUUUAUUAUAAAUAAAUAAAUAAAAUAUGGUUAAAGUAACUGUUUGUGGCGCUGCUGGUGGUAUUGGACAACCUCUUUCUUUACUUUUAAAGCAAAGUGAAUACAUUACACAUUUAUCUCUUUAUGAUAUUGUAAAUACACCUGGUGUUGCUGCUGAUCUUAGUCAUAUUAAUACUCAGUCCAAGGUAACUGGUCAUGUAGGAGCAGCACAACUUGAAGAAGCUAUUAAGGAUUCUGCUAUGGUUGUUAUUCCUGCUGGUGUCCCUCGUAAACCAGGUAUGACUCGUGAUGAUCUUUUCAAGAUUAAUGCUGGUAUUGUUCGUGACCUUGCUGUUGCUGCUGCCAAAUUUGCCCCAAAGGCCAUUAUGUGUAUUAUUUCUAAUCCUGUAAAUUCUACUGUUCCUAUUGUUGCAGAAGUUUUCAAACAAUUUAAUGUAUAUGAUCCUCGAAGAAUCUUUGGCGUAACUACACUCGACCUUGUACGUGCUUCUAGAUUUGUUUCAGAAUUGAUAGGUGGAGAUGCAAAGUCACUUUAUGUACCUGUUGUAGGUGGACACAGUGGUGUUACGAUCUUACCUCUAUUGUCUCAAGUGAAAGGAAUUGAACAGUUAAGUCAAGAACAAAUCGAGAAGGUCACUCAUCGAAUUCAAUUUGGUGGUGAUGAAGUAGUGAAGGCAAAGGAUGGGGCAGGUUCGGCUACGUUAUCCAUGGCUUAUGCAGGUGCACGUUUUGCUUUAAAUAUGAUUGAAGCCAUUGUGACUGGUAAAGGAGGUCAUCAAAUAGAAUGUACCUAUCUAGAUCUUGCCUCGGAUCCUGAAGGUGCAAACCAAAUCAAGGAAUGGAUUGGUCAUGACCUUGACUUCUUUUCUGUUCCUGUUGAAUUAGGUCCUGAAGGUGUCAAGAAGAUCUUACCCCUUGGUGAAUUAAAUUCAUUUGAACAAAAAUUACUUUCUGCUGCUAUUACUGAAUUAAAGGGUAACAUCAUGAAGGGCUCUACUUUUAUCACUGAAGACCCUAAAUUAUAAUAAAUAAAUAAAUAAAUAAAUAAAUAUAUAUAUAUUUAUAUAUAUGUAUACCAAAAAUAAAUAAA